CAAUUAAAGAUUCUACCAAUUUUAUCCAGUUGUCAUUUGAUGCACAACUUCCUAGUCAAAUUGCCAUAUAAUAAUUUUCAAUUCCAGCGUGAACUCCUAUACAAAUCCGAAUUCUUCAGUUAUAUAAACAGAGUUAAAUUUGCCUGUAAGACCUCCAAUUUGUUCAUAUCGCAUUACUCGAAUUCGUCUCAGUUUUCAAUAUCCACAUGGGUUUACAAGGAGAUGAAGAAACAGGAUCAGGGCCGGUAUCAGUCCCAAAAUCGUCGAUUUUCCGGUACAAUUCGCCGCUUGUUCAGGUUGCACUAAUUGGAUUGGUUUGUUUCUGCUGCCCUGGUAUGUUUAACGCACUUUCCGGCAUGGGCGGCGGCGGCCAGGUGGAUCCCACCGCCGCUAACAAUGCCAACACCGCCCUAUACACCACCUUCGCCGUGUUCGGAAUCUUGGGCGGUGGAAUUUACAAUAUUUUGGGACCCCAUCUUACUCUUUUUGCUGGUUGUUCUACUUAUGUUUUGUAUGCUGGAUCAUUCCUUUACUAUAAUCAUUACCAUCACCAGGCUUUUGCCAUAGUCGCCGGCGCCUUACUCGGAAUUGGUGCCGGACUUUUGUGGGCGGCGGAGGGUGCGAUCAUGACUUCGUACCCACCGCAUGAUCGAAAAGGGACAUACAUUUCCAUAUUCUGGAGUAUUUUCAAUAUGGGGGGUGUCAUAGGUGGUUUAAUUCCUUUCAUACUGAAUUAUCAUAGGGUUGAUGCCGUUUCAGUGAAUGAUGGUACCUAUAUUGGUUUCAUGGUUUUCAUGUCCAUUGGAACAGUUUUAUCACUGGGAAUUUUGCACCCUAGUCGUGUUGUGCGUGAUGAUGGCACAAAGUGUACUAAUAUUAAGUACUCUAGUGUGACAGUCGAAGUGGUCGAGAUUCUGAAACUGUUCCUUAAUUGGAAAAUGUUGCUCAUGGUGCCUGCCUCUUGGGCUAGUAACUUUUUUUAUAGUUACCAGUUUACUAAUGUUAAUGGAGCUUUGUUUAAUUUGAGAACUAGGGGGUUCAAUAACGUAUUUUACUGGGGUGCACAGAUGGUUGGCUCUGUUUUUAUUGGGUACAUAAUGGAUUUUAGCUUUAAGAAUAGGAGGACUCGGGGUUUGGUUGGUAUUGGAGUCGUAGCUGUGCUUAGUACGGCUAUUUGGGGUGGGGGACUUGCCAAACAACUUCAUUACUCUCGUGAUGAUUUGCCGACACUCAAGCUGGAUUUCAAGAAUCAUACUGAUUUUACAGGGCCAUUUAUGUUGUAUUUUAGUUAUGGAUUGCUUGAUGCCAUGUUCCAGAGCAUGGUCUACUGGGUUAUUGGAUCCUUGGCUGAUGAUUCUGAGAUCCUUAGCAGGUAUACUGGAUUCUACAAGGGAGUACAGAGUGCGGGGGCAGCGGUUGCUUGGCAAAUUGACGUACACAAUGUGCCGUUCCUAAAUGAACUGAUAGUGAGUUGGGUACUCACCACAAUAAGUUAUCCUUUGUUAGCUGUGCUGGUCAUUCGAGCUGUCAAAGAUGAUGAAGAAGUUGAAGGAAAACCCAAGGAAGGUGCUGCUCUCCCUGGAAUCCAUUGAUGACAGGAUGGAGCACUUAUCAAGUGCUGCACUCCCUGGAAUCCAUUGAUGACAAGAUGGAGCACUUAUCAAGUUAACUCAAGAUUUAAAAAUGUGAUAGUUUCCAUUUUCCAAUUUGUAUGUUUCCCCAUUUGUAAAUGGAGUGUCUGGUGAAUGGCAUGCAUGCAUAUCGCAAAGAAUUCACUGAUUGAAAUACAUGGAUUUGUUUUCCUAAUUCAAGCUUUUGUUGAUUUCUUUUCA